CGCUCCACUUGCUGGUUGACAGUCUUCACACUCUGCAGGCUCCUGUGAACACCAGUGAGUCCAAAACAUUCAAGUGGAUAAACAGCAAGAAGAGAAAGAGCAUGUCAGGAACCAUUGUGAGAAGUCUUGCUCCCACAGUUAAAAAAAGUUCAACGAAAAAGAAGAGGCUUUGUUGAAAUAAAAAGUUUAAUUAACUUUUGGAAACAACAUAUAAGCAAUCCAGCAAAAACAAAUGCUCUAGAAAAUACUGCUCUAUGAUCUGAGGCUGCUGCGUGGCUUCUAGGAACCAGAAAACUGCAAGAGACCAGAACCAGGAAUGGCAAUAUUUAAGACAUGCUUGUCCAUCUUUGCCCUUCUCCUGACACUAACUAUUUUGGAAACAGGGAGCUUCAUUGAAUCUCCAAGUCAGGUUUUACCGAUUGAUGCGCCCUUAGCAUUCGCCUAUACUGCCUAUGCCAAGGGCCGGCCCUGUCACAGCCUUCAACACACAAAGCAAUUAUUUGAACCUGAACCCUAUCUGUUGUCUCAGGAACACAAUGAAGAAGAAUCAUUUCUGCCUCACACCAGGGAAAAAAGGAGUGUGGCUACAAACCAAUGGAAUUACACGCUUGAUAUUGUAUUGAAUGCCUCUGAUGUGGCAAUAAUUCAGCAGUUUCAGUCCUCUUUGAACAGUUUUCCCAUACAACUUGGUAACAACACAGAGAUCUCAGAAAUUACCUUUACAACAGUGUGUUCCUCGACUGCCACUGGCUUCCAGUGUAGAUGUGAGGACAAUUUUGCUUGGCCAUACAGCACAUGUGUCACAUAUGGAGCCUGUGAUUCCAUUGUUAGUGGCAUCUGUACAUGUAUUGAUGCUAUUCCAGCUGAUGGACAGUCCUGCCAGGCAAUAUCAGGGCUUCUGGCUCAGGUUGAGUACGAUGUGGAUGUUGAGCUGAAUUUUACUGAUAUUGGGACCGUGGACGUCCUUAGAAGCAUCCUGGAUGCCGGUGGCUUUUCCCUAGCCUUGGGUCCAACUGUGAACGUCACACACAUUACCAUCACCACAGUUUGUUACCCAAAUGGUACAAACUUCCAGUGCAGAUGUGAGGAACAGUAUGUGUGGUCAUUAAGCAACUGUAAUACAUAUGGAGCCUGUGAUGACAUCAUUGACAACACGUGUGGGUGUAUCAACAGUAUUCCUACCAAUGGACAAUACUGCGUGCCACAGACAGUACCUUUAGUAUUUUAUGAAUACCAGAUUAUUAUCGAGGUGAAUACCAGCGAUGCGGAUCAGCUGAGAAACGUCCUGAACAGUCUUCCUUUUCCUGUCCAGAUCAGCUCCUCAGUUAACAUAUUAGAUGCCAAUAUCACCACAGUUUGCAGCCAAGAUAACACUGGGUUUCAGUGCCGCUGUGAAAAUGACUAUCUUUGGCCGUGUGAUAAGUGUGACACCUAUGGGAAAUGUGAUGGUAAUACAAGCAACACAUGUGGAUGCAUCAAUGCCAUUCCUCCUGAUGGACAAUACUGCCAGCCUGCUGAUCAAUACAAUGUUACAGCUUGUCCUCUUAUAACAACUCCAUCACCAACAACUCUUCUUACAACUCCAUCACCAACAACUCUUCUUACAACUCCAUCACCAACAACUCUUCUUACAACUCCAUCACCAACAACUCCUCCUAUUCUCUUUGAAUACAUCAUUGUGGUUGAGUUGAACACCACAGAUGUCACUCUAAUAAAUCAACUGAGUACCAUUCUGAGAAGCAUCCGUUACCCCGUUAUCCUCAACAACGCACAAAUCCUUGAUGUAAACAUUUCUACAGUUUGCUCUCCGAGCAGUGCUGGUUACCAGUGCAGAUGUGAGGAUCAGUAUCGUUGGUCAUGUGACCAGUGUUUACAGUAUACAUCCUGUGACAACAUCACUGGUGACACAUGUGGAUGCAUCAAUGCCAUUCCUCCUGAUGGACAAUACUGCCAGCCUUCUGGUCAAAACAACAUUCCAGCUUGUAUUGCUACAACAACUCCACCUUCAACAACUCCACCUUCAACAACUCCUCCUUCAACAACUCCACCUUCAACAACUCCACCUUCAACAACUCCACAUUCAACAACUCCUCCUUCAACAACUCCACCUUCAACAACUCCACCUUCAACAACUCCACCCUUCAACAACUCCAACACCAACAACUCCACCUUCAACAAACUCCACCACCAACAACUCCACCUUCAACAACUCCACCACCAACAACUCCACCUUCAACAACUCCUCCACCAACAACUACUCCUUCAACAACUCCCUCCUCCUAUUCUCUUUGAAUACAUCAUUGUGGUUGAGUUGAACACCACAGAUGUCACUCUAAUAAAUCAACUGAGUACCAUUCUGAGAAGCAUCCGUUACCCCGUUAUCCUCAACAACGCACAAAUCCUUGAUGUAAACAUUUCUACAGUUUGCUCUCCGAGCAGUGCUGGUUACCAGUGCAGAUGUGAGGAUCAGUAUCGUUGGUCAUGUGACCAGUGUUUACAACAUUCCAGCUUGUAUUGCUACAAACAUCCACCUUCAACAACUCCACCUUCCAACAACUCCUCCCUUCAACAACUCCACCUUCAACAACUCCACCUUCAACACUCCACCUUGCAACAACUCCACCUUCAACAACGCCACCUUCAAACAACUCCUCCUUCAACACUCCUCCUUCAACAACUCCACCUUCAACAACCUCCACCUUCAACAACUCCCAUUCAACAACUCCUCCUUCAACACUCCACCUUCAACAACUCCACCUUCAAACAACUCACCUUCAACAACUCCACCACCAACAACUCCACCUUCAACAACUCCACCUUCAACAACUCCACCACCAACAACUCCACCACCAACAACUCCACCUUCAACAACUCCUCCACCAACAACUCCUCCUUCAACAACUCACAUUCCAGCUUGUAUUGCUACAACAACUCCACCUUCAACAACUCCACCUUCAACAACUCCACCUUCAACAACGCCACCGGCAACAACGCCGCCGGCAACAACGCCACCACCAACAAACGCCACCGGCAAACAACGCGGCCGACAACAAGGCCUACCACCAACAACGCCGCCGGCAACAACGCCGCCGGCAACCAACGUCCACCGGCAACAACGCCACCGGCAACAACGCCGCCGGCAACAACGCGGCCGGCAACAACGCCACCGGCAACAACGCCACCGACAACAACGCCACGGCAACAACGCGGCCGACAACAACGCACCGGCAAACAACGCGUCCGACAACAACGCCACCGGCAACAACGCCACCGGCAACAACGCCGCCGGCAACAACGCCGCCGGCAACAACGCGGCCGGCAACAAGCCGCCGCAACAACGCGGCCGACAACAACUCGGCCGACAACAACGCGGCCGACAACAACGCCACCGCAACAACGCGGCCGACAACAACGCCACCGGCAACAACUCCGACAACAACGCCACCGGCAACAACUCCACCGGCAACAACGCCCCGGCAAAACCCCGGCAACAACCCGCCGGCAACAACGCGGCCGGCAACAACGCCACCCGGCAACAACGCCACCGGCAACAACGCGGCCGGCAACAACGCCGCCGGCAACAACGCGGCCGACAACAACGCGGCCGACAACACGCCACCGGCAACAACGCGGCCGACAACAACGCCACCGGCAACAACGCCACCGGCAACAACGCCGCCGACAACAACGCCACCGGCAACAACGCGGCGACAACAAGGCCACCACCAACAACGCCGCCGGCAACAACGCCGCCGGCAACAACGCCACCGGCAACAACGCCGCCGGCAACAACGCGGCCGGCAACAACGCGGCCGGCAACAACGCACCGGCAACAACCGCCGGCAACAACGCGGCCGACAACAACGCGGCCGACAACAACGCGGCCGGCAACAACGCAGCCGGCAACAACGCGGCCGGCAACAAACGCACCGGCAACAACGCCACCGACAACAACGCACCGGCAACAACGCGGCCGACAACAACGCCACCUUCAACAACUCCACUCAACAACGCUUCAACAAACUCCUCCUUCAACAACUCUCCUUCAACACUCUCUUCAAACAACUCCUCCUUCAAACAACUCCCUCCUUCAACAACUCACUCCACCACCAACAACUCCACCUUCAACAACUCCACCACCAACAACUCCACCUUCAACAACUCCUCCUUCAACAACUCCACCACCAACAAACUCAACAAUGGCUGCAGUUGUGACCACUACAACAACCACAAUGUCUCCAACAACCACAAGGUCUAUAACAACCACAAUGUCUCCAACAACCACAAUGUCUCCAACAACCACAAGGUCUCCAACAACCACAAGGUCUCCAACAACCACAAGGUCUCCAACAACCACAAUGUCUCCAACAACCACAAGGUCUCCAACAACCACAAUGUCUCCAACAACCACAGUGUCUCCAACAACCACAAUGUCUCCAACAACCACAGUGUCUCCAACAACCACAAGGUCUCCAACAACCACAAUGUCUCCAACAACCACAAGGUCUCCAACAACCACAAUGUCUCCAACAACCACAAUGUCUCCAACAACCACAAUGUCUCCAACAACCACAAGGUCUAUAACAACCACAAGGUCUCCAACAACCACAAUGUCUCCAACAACCACAAGGUCUCCAACAACCACAAGGUCUCCAACAACCACAAUGUCUCCAACAACCACAAGGUCUCCAACAACCACAAGGUCUCCAACAACCACAAGGUCUCCAACAACCACAAGGUCUCCAACAACCACAAGGUCUCCAACAACCACAAUGUCUCCAACAACCACAAGGUCUCCAACAACCACAAGGUCUCCAACAACCACAAGGUCUCCAACAACCACAAUGUCUCCAACAACCACAAUGUCUCCAACAACCACAAUGUCUCCAACAACCACAAUGUCUCCAACAACCACAAGGUCUCCAACAACCACAAUGUCUCCAACAACCACAAUGUCUCCAACAACCACAGUGUCUCCAACAACCACAAGGUCUCCAACAACCACAAUGUCUCCAACAACCACAAUGUCUCCAACAACCACAGUGUCUCCAACAACCACAAGGUCUCCAACAACCACAAUGUCUCCAACAACCACAAGGUCUCCAACAACCACAAUGUCUCCAACAACCACAAUGUCUCCAACAACCACAAGGUCUCCAACAACCACAAUGUCUCCAACAACCACAAGUGCAAUUUAAACAAGGCGUUCACAGACACAUUGAAUGAUCCACAAAGUUCUGCAUACAACAAUCUUAAAAACACCAUGACUGAAGUGUUAAACACGGAGUAUGGAGGAAUCACAGGGUUUAUUGGUGUUUCUGUGACAGGAUUCAGAGAAGGAAGCAUAUUUGCUGAUUUUGUUGUUAAGACUACAGAGGUUAAAACAGCUGAAUUGGCUAAAGCAAAUAAAGAAUUUUCAGAAGCAGUAAACUCUAAUAUUGCCCCUGUCAUUGGCUCUGUCAUUGCAGUGUACAACAGUGAAGAUGAAUUAGGGUUUACCGCCCCAAAGUAUACUGGAAAUAGCAUGACACUGGUGUGCAAACCCAGCAACAUUAAUGUGGGACAAAUAAGUAGUGUUGAGUGGACAUUACGUGGAAGGGUAAUUAAGCAGCUUGGAAGGAGAACAAUAACUUUAAAUCCUAUAACAGGGUCUGUCCUAACAAUAAAGAAAGCCAUUCUUCUGGAUAUUGGACUUUACCAAUGCACUCUGAUGGGCGACGUAUUGCAGUUCAUACAAAAAAAGAAGGUGACUGGAAAUUAUAUCCAACAAGCUCCCAUCAUAGAAUCAAAGAGUCAAAUAAACGUUAGAUGUCUGGGGACAGAGGGACAAACAGAAUCACUUGAGUGUUGUGUGCAGUCCCCUUUUAAGGUGAACUGGUUUAAAGACUCACCUAAUCCUUUUGAUGCUGGUGUUACUGAAAAUGGAAAGCAAUUCUGUCGCACAUAUAAACGACCGCUAGGACAAUGCGGUGGAUCAACGUCACUAGAAUUUACUUGUAAGGUCGAUAAUCUCGAAUAUAGACGGGUAACAACAUUGAACAUUUUCGUAGAAUCUUUUACAUGUACAGACGCUGAUUAUGGGGAUGGACGACAAGGCGACAAAUCUAGUAAAGAAUGUCCUACAGGUCAAGAGGGGGAUAAGAUUGCGGAGUGUGAUGAUGGAGAGUGGAGAUUGUUAGAGGACACUUGCGUUAUCAAAGUAAUCAAUGAGUUGCUUGUUUCUUCAGAGGAGUUGCAGGUGAAGGAUGUCCCAGAUUUUGUGGAGGAUCUGAGUAAAGAUGUCAAAGAGGUGAAGAAGGAAGUAAGAGAGUCACCUAAUACCAUAUCAACUAUCGUGGAAAUCCUAGGCAACAUUGCAGAUUUCCCAACUCUGGUCGUCAAUCAACCUGUCAUAGAGAGUGUCCUUCAAACAGUUGAUGUCAUUAUUGGUGAUGAUUCAAGAGAGUCCUGGACAGUUCUGAAUGCAAACGAAAACAGCAACGCAAGCUCUGAUUUACUGGGUUCGAUGGAACUCCUCUCUGAUAGAAUAGUUGGGACAUUUACCUUUGAGACUGAUGCAAUCCUCCUCAACAGAAGCACCUUUGACGACUCGUUCUACCUAAAUCUGAACAGCAGCGUUGCCCUGGACAUUCCUAACACCGGCUUUCGCAACGUCUCUAUCACCACUAUUACUUUCUACACCCUAAAUAAUGUUAUGCCAGUACGGAACACCAGCCUCUUCAACACCAACACCAAUAACACUGACCCCAUUAAUGCCCUCAACACAGCUGUGGUGCUAAUCAAAGUAAAUGAAAAGAUUCAGAACGUUACUUUAAGCUACGCCAAGUUAAACACGACUCUGACGCAAGAUCCUCAGUGUGUAUUUUGGAACUUUACACUGUUUGACAACAGGGGUGCUUGGGAUAGUGACGGGUGUGAGUUUGUUUCCGAUAUAAAUGACACAGUAACCUGCAGAUGCGACCAUCUCACCUCAUUUUCAUUUCUGAUGUCAACUGGUAUCCCUGAAGACCUCGCAACAAUCUUGGAUCUAAUCACCUACGUUGGAGUUGGGAUCUCUAUGGCAAGUUUAGUUAUAUGUUUAAUUAUUGAAGGAUACGUUUGGAAAGCCAUAACUAAAAAUAGCACUGCCUUCAUGCGUCAUGUUUCCAUCAUUAACACUGCCCUCUCUCUGUUGAUCGCUGACAUCUGUUUUAUCAUCGGUGCCUUCAUUGCCGACAACCCAGCUGAAAACCCGGGACCCGGGAAGAGCUAUGAUGUUCCAGUUGAACCUUGCAGCACAGCAACAUUUUUUAUGCACUUUUUCUACCUUGCGCUGUUCUUUUGGAUGCUAGUUUCAGGCCUUCUGCUAUUUUACCGGACAGUCAUGGUCUUCUCCCACAUGUCCAAGUCAGUCAUGUUGGCUAUUGGCUUCUUAUUAGGCUACGGGUGCCCUCUGAUUAUAGCUGUUGUUACUGUUGCCGCCACAGCACCAGGAAAUGGAUACAUCAGGAGAAAAGAGGCUUGUUGGCUUAACUGGGAGCAAACAAGGGCCCUGUUGGCGUUUGUGAUACCUGCCUUAGCUAUAGUUUGUAUCAACAUAAUUAUCGUAAUCGUGGUCUUGUUCAAAAUGCUAAGAAGAGGCGUGGGAGACGCCGCCCAAAGAGAUGAAAGGCAUACGCUGGUGGUCAUUCUAAGGUGUGUGGCCAUUUUGACUCCUUUAUUUGGACUGACCUGGUCUUUAGGAGUGGGGACCAUGCUAGACUCAAGGAAUAGAGGACUCCACAUUGUCUUUGCACUCUUCAAUUCACUACAGGGUUUCUUCAUUUUAGUGUUUGGGACACUAUUCGAUUCAAAGAUCCGUUCUAUCCUCGCAAGAAAAUCGCCUACAACAAGCACAGGCUCCAAUACAACAAGAAGUACAAGUGGUGGAAUUUCCUCCACUGGACUGAACUGGUUCCAUCGACUGCGUGGAAGAAGAUACAUCUACCGUGUGUCAGAGACUGCAAACUCGGGCAGUGCUGGUGCGUCAGAGUCAUUCUCCAAUAUCUAAAUCAAUGCAUGGAACCGUACACAUUAUUUCAUUAGGGCUAUUUAUUCAAAAGAUCUGACAGUUAUUGUAGGAUUUUCAGCACAUAAUCAGAAACGAUGCAGUUUACUGGGAUGAUAUUGUAAGAGAUGGUGCAACAGACAUGGUUAGUUUUGAAAUCAGCGUAGUUUAGGUCUUACAGGCAGCAUUAAAAUAUGUUUGCAUUGUAAAGGUACUGUUCUGUUACUCAAAGCCCUAGGAAAGCAAGUGUGACACAACAUUGUGAAUGAAACUGUGAAAUUACAUUUUAUUUUGAAGUGUGAAAUGUAGUGGUGCUCUGAAUCAAUGACGUGCAAUGAUCAAUUAUUAUCUUAACUCUCGUAAUGUCCUCCCGAUUACUAUGCACCUUGUGCCCUCUGGGGUCAAAAAUGACCCCAUCUGGCUUGUCUGAUAUUUAGUGAAACAAUGAAUUAAUUUGACCAUAUUGUAUUGUGACUAUUUGUCUUAUCAGAGACUGGUAUAUGUCAAUGUUUAGUAAGGAUGCCCUUUUUGAAUAAUUUAUAUUUUUUGAAUGACAACACAUAAUCACACCUUGUGCCCUCUGGGGUCAUUUUUGACCCCGUCUUGCUUGACUGUUAUUUAAAGCAUAAAGUAUGAAAUGUCAAUACAUUUUGUGUUACACCUUUAGUUUUGCUUCAGUCCAACCCAUUACCACACAUGUUUCCCUUUGUUUUGGAAUUUAGGGCCAAAAGACCUUUUUUAUAUGAAAUUUUACCAUUUUCUGAGUUAAAAAAUAAAUGAAACUAUUUAAUAAUUUGAA